AUGGGUAAUUUACCUAAAACUCGGUUGUCCCCCGAAGGCCACGUCUUCGUCAAUGUAGGCGUAGAUUACGCCGGCCCUAUCAACUCGGCUAGUCGUCAGGGAAGAGGUUGUAGGAUAGUAAAGGUGUACAUCGCCAUAUUCAUAUGCUUUACAACGAAGGCCAUACAUUUAGAGUUGGUUGGUGACCUAACAAGCAAUAAUUACCUGAUGGCUUUGAAUAGAUUUAUGUCGCGCAGAGGAAAACCCGCUAAUAUCUACUCAGAUAACGGGACCUCAUUUGUUGGAGCCUACAACGAAUUGUCAAGGUUCCUCAAAUCCAACUGCAAUUCUAUUGCCGAAAGUGCGUCCAAUGAAGAAACGUACUUUCAUUUUUUGCCAGCUUACGCGCCACACUUUGGCGGUCUCUGGGAAGCGGGUGUAAAGUCAACAAAGCAUCACUUAACCAGAGUGCUGGGCAAUUCCAAUCUCACUUACGAACAACUUAAUACUACACUAGUUAGGAUCGAGGCAAUUUUAAAUUCUCGGCCACUCACCGCUCUGUCUACGGAACCCGACGACCUGAUGCCGCUAACUCCUGGUCACUUCCUCAUCGGCCGUCCGCUGACCGCGCUGCCAGCUCCUGAUUACCGAGAUCACUCCUUCAACUAUUUAACGCGCUACCAGCGGGUAGAACAACUGCGCCAGCACUUUUGGACUCGUUGGAGUAAGGAAUAUAUCUCAGAUCUGCAGCAAAGGGUCAAAUGGCAAGCGGCCGGAGACUCUUUAUCCCAGAACACUCUGGUUCUUCUGAAAGAAGAUAAUCUUCCCCCUUUGAAGUGGAGGCUGGGCCGCAUCGUUUCAGUUUUCCCGGGACAAGAUGGAAUCAAUCGCGUCGCCGAUGUGCGCACUGCCAAUGGAAUCGUCAGAAGGGCAUUCUCCAAGAUUUGUCCGUUGCUGAAUGCUGAUGUUACCCCGUAA